ACAUACUGUAUUGUCUUCAAAAUAGCCAAAAAUCUUACAAAAAUAUUUACAUACAUACAUACAAGCCUUGAACCUCAAUCAUGACACUUGAUGAGGUACGAGUUGAGAACAAAAUUAAAGCAACUAGUGAAACUUGUGUUCAAACAACGAGUAUGAAUAACGGGAUGACCUCAGACCAAAUUAAUGGAAAUAUAAAACAGAACGACGCAACGAUAUCAUUUCUACGUGCUGCUCGCAGCGGGGACAUUAAAAAGGUGAUUGACUUUAUUGAAAGGGGUGAAAUAUCGGACAUAAACAGUUGCAAUGCGAACGGUCUGAAUGCACUUCACCUAGCCGCAAAAGACGGAUUUGUGGAUAUUUGCUCGGAGUUGCUGAGGAGAGGCAUCAAUGUGGAUAAUGCCACCAAAAAAGGAAACACUGCCUUGCACAUCGCAUCCUUGGCAGGACAGCUAGAUGUUAUUAAUCAGCUUAUUUUAUCUAAUGCCAAUGUAAAUGUGCAGUCUCUUAAUGGUUUCACGCCUCUUUAUAUGGCAGCACAAGAAAAUCACGAUAAUUGUUGUCGGAUCUUACUGGCAAAUGGUGCGAACCCGUCAUUAUCUACAGAAGAUGGCUUUACCCCACUUGCGGUAGCAAUGCAGCAAGGACACGACAAAAUAGUGUCUGUCUUGCUUGAGAACGAUGUUCGCGGAAAGGUUCGCCUUCCAGCACUUCAUAUUGCAGCUAAGAAAAAUGAUGUUAAUGCAGCCAAGCUAUUACUUCAACACGAUCACAAUGCCGACAUUGUGUCAAAAUCUGGUUUCACCCCUUUGCAUAUAGCAGCUCAUUAUGGAAACGUGGACAUAGCCACUUUGCUGUUAGAUAGCGAGGCUGAUGUUAACUUUGUGGCUAAACAUAACAUCUCUCCAUUACACGUGGCAUGUAAAUGGGGAAAGUCAUCUGUUUGUUGUUUGUUACUAUCUCGAGGAGCAAGAAUAGAUGCAGCUACUCGGGAUGGUCUGACACCACUUCACUGUGCGUCUCGCUCGGGCCAUGUUGAGGUGAUUGAGUACUUGUUGCGUCAAAACGCUCCCAUACUGACAAAGACAAAGAAUGGCCUGUCUGCGCUUCAUAUGUCUGCACAGGGAGAACACGAUGAAGCUGCGCGUAUUCUAUUGGAAAACAAAGCUCCAGUAGACGAAGUUACCGUCGAUUACUUGACAGCUCUUCAUGUGGCUGCUCAUUGUGGCCAUGUGAAAGUAGCAAAACUUUUGCUUGAUUACAAUGCAAAUCCAAAUGCUCGCGCACUUAACGGGUUUACUCCUCUGCAUAUUGCCUGUAAGAAAAAUCGUAUUAAGAUAGUUGAAUUACUUAUUAAACAUGGAGCUAACAUUGGUGCGACCACAGAAUCUGGUUUGACGCCUUUACAUGUUGCCAGUUUUAUGGGAUGUAUGAGUAUUGUAUUAUAUUUACUACAACAUGAGGCCAGCCCAGACAUACCAACAGUACGCGGGGAAACACCACUUCAUUUGGCCGCUCGUGCUAAUCAGACGGAUGUUAUUCGAAUUUUACUUCGCAGCGCAAAAGUGGAUGCUAUCGCUCGUGAAGGCCAAACUCCUCUUCAUGUUGCUUCUCGAUUAGGAAAUAUUAACAUAAUCAUGUUAAUAUUACAGCAUGGAGCUGAGAUUAAUGCUAUGACUAAAGAUAAUUAUACGGCGCUUCACAUUGCUGCAAAGGAAGGACAAUAUGAUGUAGUCCAAAUGUUAUUGGAAAACGGUGCGAAAUUAGAUGCUGUAACCAAAAAGGGAUUUACCCCUUUGCAUUUGGCUAGCAAAUACGGCAAACAGAAAAUAGUAGCAUUGUUAUUAAAAAAAGGAGCUUCUGUUGAUUUUCAGGCAAAAAAUGAUGUUACUUCAUUACACGUAGCUACACAUUACGAUCAUCAGCCAGUGGUAGAAGUUAUUUUAGAAAACGGUGCUUCGCCAAAUUUAUUUGCGCGGAAUGGACAAAGUGCCAUUCAUAUAGCUGCCAAGAAGAAUAACUUGGAAAUUGCGCAACAGUUGCUUCAACACGGUGCUGAUGUUGGGGCUAUAAGCAAGAGCGGCUUUUCUCCGUUGCAUUUGGCGGCCCAAGAGGGACACGUAGAUAUGGUACAACUACUCCUAGAAUAUGGGGCUACGAGUAACAGUGCUAAAAACGGUCUGACACCAUUACAUUCGGCUGCACAGGAAGGUCAUGUUCGUGUAUCCCGGAUAUUGUUGGAACAUGGUGCUAGCAUUUCAGAUCGCACUAAAAAUGGUUAUUCUCCUCUACAUAUCGCUGCUCAUAAUGGCCACCUCGAACUUGUAAAAUUUUUACUUGAAAACGAUGCUGACAUUGAAAUGUCGACCAAUAUUGGCUAUACACCCCUUCAUCAGGCUGCUCAACAAGGCCAUAUAAUGAUUAUUAAUCUGUUAUUACGGCACAAAGCGAAUCCGAACGCUUUAACAAAUAACGGUAAAACUGCGCUAAAUAUUGCUAGUAGCCUGGGCUAUAUAACGGUAACGGAAACACUUAAAAUUGUUACUUCAACGUCCGUUGUUAAUACCAAUACUGGUGUGAUUGAAGAAAAAUUAAAUGUAGUGUCUCCAGAGGUUAUGCACGAAACCUUACUUUCCGACUCCGAAGACGAAACGGGUGAUGAUCUUUUGGACCAAAAUAGUUACAAAUAUAUGGCAACUGAUGAUUUAAAAGCCAAUUAUAGUCAAGAUCACCAAAAAUUCGAUACCACAAAUCCGGAUCAUGAUCACACGGAAGUAUCGGCUCCUCUAAUCAUUGAGAAAGAAAUACAACAAAAAGAAUUAAAAUGUAUUAAUGGAUCUGAAAUGGAACGAAAACCCGACAAUGUUCCUAUUGUCCGACAUCAGGUUCACUUAGGAUUUCUCGUAUCUUUCUUGGUUGACGCACGUGGAGGAUCUAUGCGCGGAUAUCGUCACAGCGGUGUGCGCAUAAUAGUACCUCCAAAGGCGUGCGCUGAACCCACACGUAUAACAUGCCGUUAUGUUAAACCCCAAAGGGUAGCCAAUCCUCCUCCUUUAAUGGAAGGCGAGGCACUUGUGAGUCGUAUUUUAGAACUUUCACCUGUUGAGGGAAUGUUUUUAAGCCCAAUAACGUUAGAAGUUCCUCACUUUGGAAUGCUUAGAGAGAACGAGCGCGAAAUUAUUAUCCUGCGGUCCGACAAUGGAGAAAGUUGGCGCGAGCACAACUUAUAUGAGAGUGAAGAACUUAUGCAGGGUACCAGUAAACCCACAAUCGAAAACGAUUUCAAUCGGAUGGAAGCGUUGCAUACGGACCGUAUUGUUCGCAUCACCACGCAAAAUGUUCCACACUUUUUUGCCGUAGUUUCGCGUGUACGUCAGGAGGUGCAUGCUAUCGGACCAGAUGGUGGUACAGUUUUCUCGACGGCAGUACCGCAGGUUCAAGCUAUUUUUCCACCCCACGCCUUGACUAAGAAAAUUCGAGUCGGUCUUCAGGCACAACCAGUAGACCUGGUUGGAUGUUCUAAGCUACUCGGCCAAGGCGUUGCUGUUUCUCCAAUAGUUACUGUAGAGCCGCGUCGACGAAAAUUUCAUAAAGCAAUUACACUUAGUAUCCCUGCUCCAAAAGCUUGUACCAAGAGUAUGGUUAAUGCAUGUUAUGGCAACGGAAAUUUAAAUUCACCAACUCUUAGACUAUUGUGUUCUAUUACUGGUGGACAGACGCGCGCAACUUGGGAAGAUGUUACUGGAUCAACUCCGCUGUCAUUUGUAAAAGAUAGUAUAACAUUUACCACUACUGUUUCUGCCCGUUUUUGGUUAAUGGAUUGUCGCAAUAUUGUAGACGCAGGACGAAUGGCCACAGAGCUUUACUGUUAUUUGGCCAAAGUUCCUUUUCUUGUUAAGUUUGUUGUAUUUGCAAAACGCAUCUCCCAAACAGAAGCUAAGUUUUCAGUGUUUUGCAUGACUGACGAUAAAGAGGACAAGACGCUUGAACAGCAAGAAUAUUUUAUAGAGGUUGCAAAAAGCAGGGAUAUUGAAGUAUUGCAGGAUCAAACUAUUUACUUAGAGUUCGCUGGCAACCUUGUCCCAGUUUUGAAGACAGGCGAGCAGCUAAAUAUCAAAUUUCAAGCAUUUUGCGAAAAUCGACUUUCUUUUAUUGCUCAUAUUAAAGAUCCAGAAUUUCCACAAGGUCGCAUUUGUUUUAUGACGGAUCCAAAGGUAGGCCCGGAUGAAGCACCACUAAAUCCGCUUUGUUCUUUAAAUGUAUCAGUAUAUAUGAAAAUUACGGCAAAGCAUCUUGAAAGCGUUAGGACGUCUAAUUCAAAUCAUGGUUUUAAUGUGGGUACUGAAAUGAAUGAAAAUUAUAUGAAUUAUUCAAAAAUCAAAGCUAACACAGAAGAUGCAUCGACUUCAGAAAAAAAUGUCGAAAAAACUGAUAUAAUAGAGGAUGAUAAAAAGUCAAGCAAUGUUGAAUUGUUACAAAGUGCUGAUAUAACGUUGUUCGAUAUAUCUAACCAUAUUGGUAGUGACUGGCCUCAGCUAGCGAUUGAAUUGGGUGUUCCCGAGACCGAUAUCGAGCUUGUCAAAGCAGAGUACUUUAGUGGCGAUAGCGUACAGCAGAGCAUGGUAAUGUUGCAGUUAUGGCUAGAAAAUGGGGGUAUUUCCACAGGAAAUGUUUUAGCUAUAGCCCUUUACAAAAUUGGGCGUGCAGACGUAGUAGAAAAAUGUAUUCAUAAUAUAGAGUUUGUCUCUGAUAAAUCGGUACAAGAUUUGUCCACACCCAGAAUAAAAGAAUCUGUAGAUUGUGAAGAUGCUUUUUCGAAUAUUUCUCAUCCGACGCUGCCAGAUUUAACUUCAAAACCUAAGGAAGAUGCUUUUCAACAAAAAAAAUGAAAAAUAUUGUGCUACCAAGAGUACAUUACCAAAAGAUAUCGAAAAUAAGAUAUCAAGAAGUAAUGAUACAACUCUAACCACAUCACCGCUGGCUAAAAAAAAACAGGAACCAAUUCAACAUUUAG